CAGUCCCUUACCGUUCUCGGCCAAUCAGCGCGGAGGAAGUUUUGUUUCCGGGAGAGUUUGGUGAUGUGGCUCUGCUGCCUGGAAAUCCAUCCGAGGAAAUAUUAGCAAAUACAGAAAGCACAAACAUCCACCAAGAAGCACUCUUACAGUGCCAUCCUAAUGCUGAGCCGCCUGGCUACAGUCCUCCAGGAGCUCUCUGGAGAGGAGGGCCAAGAUGGAAACACACAGCAGGGCGAGCUCACACCUCAGCCUCCUGCCGACGGGGGCCAAGCACCUGCAGAGUCAGAGGUGCCUGAGGAGGUCACGGAGCGCCUGGCCCAGCUGGAGCAGCUGGUGGUGCAGCUGAAGGAGCUCAUCCGGAACAAGGACACUCAGCUGGGCCAGAAGGACAUUGAGCUGGCGAGCAAAGAUGCUCUGCUUAAGAAUGAAAGGGAGGCGGGUGAUGCUCGCUUUAAUAAACUCAAACUGCAGGCCAAAGCCAAGAUGGUUGCGCUUAAUAAACAGAUUGCUGAAUUGAAGGGACAAGAAGGAGCAAUAAGCCCCGACAUCUCUUUCUCAAGAGAUGUGGCUGGAGAGAGUGAUGUGCAGGAUCUCCAGAGCAAGCUGAGUGAGGAGGUGGCCAACAGCAACAAGCUGCUAGGCCGACUUGAAGCCGCUGAGAAACUGCUGGUGGAGAAGGAAGCCGCUCAUGCUGAGCAGAUGAAACUCCUACAGGCUGUUGUGUGUGAGAAAGAUGUGCGUUUCCAGGAGCAGAUUCAGAAACAUGAAGAAGAGCUGCUGGCGGCCACGACACAAUCGUCUGAGGACGGGGAUAUACAGCAGGUUCAAGACGCGCUGCAUGUAGCACAGCGUCGUUGUGAGGAACUCGAGGAGGCCUUGAAAUCACGCUCGCAAGUGCUGGAAAUGCUGCAGCAGGAAGUCAGCAGUGCAGAUCAGCAAAAACAGAUUCUGACGGCUCAAUUCCGACAAAUGGAGGUGGAACUGGCCGAGGCCGUCAAACUGAGGGAAGAGCAGAGGCAGGAAUGGGCCCAACGGUCCAGCGAAGCCGAAGCGGCCCUCGAGGAGGCUAAGCGAGAGAGAGCUGAGGCUGAGGCACGGCAUGAGAGCGAGCUGACCUCCGUGAGAGACGCAUUUAACAUGAGCCUGGAGAAGGAGAAGGCUGAGGUUGUCAAGUUGGAGACAGAGAUGGCUUUAACGAAAGGGGCCAUCCAAGCGUGCCAGGAAACCUCAGAGAGAGACAAGUUAGAAAUAGCUCGCCUCGAAAGAGAGCUUACGUCUUCAAGAGAGGCUGAGUCACAAGUCAUCCAGGCCACUCAGAGCAGCCUGGAAGAGACAAAAUCUCAAGUAGGCAAACUAGAGCGAGAGCUAGCUUCUCUUCUAGAAGAGCAGGAGGAGGCCCAGAAAAAGAGUGAGAUCUUGGCGGAAGUUUGGAAGCACUUGCAACCUCUCGCCUUGCAGGAAGUACAACCAUUCGAGAAUAUUACAGACCUUUCUGCGAUUGUGGACACCGUGUUGUCCAUUGAGACACAAGUCACCAGGCUGAAGGAUGAACGCUGUGAGAGUGAGCAGCGCUGUACUGAGCUCACAAACACCAUGGAGGACCUGCAGGAACAACUGGACAGGAGCACCAGUGAGAAGGGGGAAGCCAAGAUUCUGCAGCUGGAGUGGCCACAUGACCCGCCUCCUGAAAUGGUUUCACAGGACACACAAGCUUCUGAAGCUGGAAAAGCGACCAUCUGGGAACUGGAGCAGCAACUUUUAGAAAAAGACAACGAACUGAUCGCCUUGCAAGAAUUACUCCGGCUGGCCCAAGAACGUUCCACAAGUGUCGAUACAACAUCUGAAAAUGUCAAUGAGAGCAAAGAUGGCGACACCAAAAAUAACGCUGCAACACCUCCUGACUCCCUGGAGGACACCCAAGAAGAGGAGACCACCUUGGUCGCAGAGGACAUGUCAGUCCUCUCCAUUUCUGCUGACAAUGAGAGCAGCCCGGAGCUUAUUGAACAUCACGACUCCCCUGAGGAAUCCAAAGGGACUUCCUCUGAUGAGAUGGUCACCAGCAACAGCAGCUGGACCCUUCUAGAAGCUGUCAACCAGGAUGGACGCCAAGAGUGGCCGUCCAUUAUGCAGGACUUUGGCCACAUGCAGUCAUGGGAGACCACAAGUAUGGAGCAGGAAACCUCCACAACUUCAGUCACACCCUCCUCCAUUAUAAUCCAAGAGACGGUUGAGGUUCACGAGACUCGGGAGGGUGCCUCUACAUUAGAUGCUCCUUCAGGCCAGGUCUUUGCUCACACUGUGACUGAGGAGUUCCAGAAGAGGUACAGUGAACUUUUAGCUGAACUGCAAACCCUCAGGGAGGGGGCUGCAGAGUCCCAGGAGAAAAUUACGAAUCUGGAGGAAGAAAUGCACAGGCUCACUGCUGAUAAGGAGCAGGUCGAGUCUCAGGCAAGUGACUUUGCAGAGGAGCUCAAGUGUGCCAGAGAAGAGCUGCUAAGUGUUUCCCAGCAAAGCAGCUCAGUGGCAGAGAAGCACAGUGCUGACAUCUUCCUUCUAGAAGAACAAAUUAACAUUUUGAGCAGUGACGGUAGCGCCAAGGAGCAGAAGAUCCAGGCUCUCCAGGCAGACUUGGAAGUGGCUCACCAAGACCUUUCUGAGCAGGAGAGCCAGGCCCGCAUGCUCAGCUCACAGCUGGAGGACAAAGAGCUCCUAUCUUUGGAGCUGGAGAGGAAGCUUCAAGAUAUGGAGAGCAGCAUGUUGGAACAGUCACAGAUAUCGGCGCUUGACAACGACUCUUUAUCAAAGAAGGACUCUGAGAUUUGUGACCUGCAGCUUCGCCUCAGCCAGAAAGAGCAGCAGAUCACUGAGCUUAACUACAGCAUGUCUGCAAAACUUCACCAAGCAGAAGAAGAGCGAGUCUUAUUCGACUGUGAAGUCAUUAAACUGAAGGAGCAGCUUGUAGGACUUCAGAAGUCGCGGGAGGAGAUAUCUGCUCCAGUGGAUGAGGAACUAGCGAUUGUACGUCAGGCCAAAGAGGAGCUGGAAACUCAGCUGGCGAACACAAGAAAGAAGUUGCAGGUCGCCCUCGUGCAACGUAAAGAGCUCAUGAAGAAGGUCGCUGAUCUGGAGAUGGAGGUGAAGAACACAACUGAAAAAGAGGAUUCAUCAGAAACUGCUGCAAAUAUUCCAGAAGUAGAGAAGUCUUCAGUGGAGGACAUGGAGGCUAAACUGUUGGAGCUGGAGCAAGCAUUGAGCGCCAAAGACGAAGUAAUUGAGAGCCUGGAGUGCACGAUUAGCCAACGGAGACGGCUUCUUGCCGAAACACGUGGCGAGCGAGCUGAAACCACUUGUGAGUCUAACACGCCAUCUGACAAUAGCUCGUUACAAUCCCAAGUGGCCUCUCUGGAAGUGGAGUGCGAAACACUGCAGAAGAAAGUCCUGGAGGCCCAAGAGUCUCGUAAGGAGAGCAUCCGCAAAGCCAAAGAGAAAGACAGACACCAUCGGGAUCAGCUGAAGCAGCACAAGGAGGAAUAUGGUGAGCUCUUGGAGCGUUUUGAGGUGCAGAGUGGCGAGCAUGAGGUUCUCCUCAUGAAACUGAGGGAAUUGGAAGAUAAAAUGAAUCCGCAGGAGGAGGAGCUGACACCUCAAGAGAGCGAGGACGCGGUUACGCACUUAGAGAAGGCCACAGCUAAUGACUGGGUCCAAGAGGACUGGGUGGAUUUUGCAGGAUCUGAGACCGAUUCAGUGCAACCAUCUUCUGGUGAUCAGCAAAAUCAACCAUCUGAGCAGCCUGAGGUCUUGUCCCCUCGAACGGAGGAAACCAUGAAAGCUCUUGGAGAAGAGAUCCUGAGUGUGCGAAUGGAGAACUCGGAGCUGGAGAAUAAGCUUCAGGAAGCACAGACUACUUUGUCCCAGAAGGAGACGGAACUACGGGAGGUUAGCAAGGAGCUGACAGCGCUACGUGAAAAUGAAAGACAGAUUGAAGUCCUCUCAGCAGAAAUGACUGAUCUCAGAGAGAAGUACCAGCAAGCAGAGUACUGUGCGGAGGUCUUGAAGGCAGAAGCUGCUGCCGCUGCAGCAUCUUCCCAGUCUGCGAGCUCCAUUGCAGCACUUCAAGCGGAAGUGGAGGACUUUAAAAAAUUCCUCAAUGACAAGAACACAGAGAUCACGGCGCUCAGCCAGCAACUUUGUGAGCAGAACGCCCUCAUACAUUCAAUGCAGGACACAGUGGACCACAAAGAUGGACUUAUAGCCUCCUUAGGAGAGGAGCUUAAAGCUGAACAGAAGAAAAGCAAGAAGGUGGAGGUUGAGGAGGACAAGGACAGUGAGGCAAAGACUCAGCAGCUUCAGCGGAAGCUUCAGGCGGCGUUGAUCUCUCGCAAGGAGGUGCUCAAAGAGAACAAAACUCAGAAGGAACAGCUAGCCUCAAGUGAAACUCUCCUUGCUGAACUGCAGCAGAAGAUGCAGGUGGCGGAAGAUGAGCUGGAGAAACUCAGAGCCGAACGCACAAAGCUGAUUGAUGAGGUGGACCGUAUGUUGCUAGAAAAUCAAAGCUUGGGCUCUUCUUGUGAGAGCCUCAAACUGGCCAUGGAUGCCAUAGCGAGCGAGAAGGACGCGUGUAAAAGAGAGGGCGAGUUGGCCAAAGAGGAGGCAUCCAGGAUGUGCAGCGAAUGGGAGGAGAAGGUCCGCAGCAUGAAGGAAGAGUACGAAACCCUACUCCGCUCCUACGAGAACGUGAGCGACGAGGCGGAGCGUGUGAGGCGAGUCCUGGAGGCCGCCAGGCAAGAGAGAAAGGAGCUCGCGGCCAAGGUGAGGUCCAUCGAGGCCGCCAAACAGGAAGCGGAAAGGCAGGCAGAGGAGGCUCGGAAGGAGGUGGAGUCGGUGAAAGACAAAAUGAGGAAGUUUGUCAAAGCGAAGCAGCAAAAGAUCCUGGAGCUGGAGGAGGAGACCGAAAGACUUCGAGAGGGGCAGGAAAACACGGGCGCAAAAUCAGAGGGUGACGCUCAAAGUGAAGACGUUAAAAGACUUCAGGUUGAGAUGCAGACUUUGAAAGCAGAGUUGGACGCACGGGUGAUGGAAAGAGACUGCUUAGCACAAGAGAUUGAACAGCUGAAGGAACAACUUGACCAAAUGGAAAGAAAAGAUGCUGAUCCUCGUCCCUCUGCCAAAGUUGGAGAGGAGGUUCAGCACCCAGAGACCAAAAUCACUGAGGCCAAAGAAACGUGUCCCCUCGGAGAGAAUCCAGAUGACCGAAUACGUUCAAAGUCGUCACCAAAUGCUGAACCUCCAGAGGAACAAAAAGUUCUAUUAGAGACCAAAAUUAGAGAGCUGGAGGCAGCUCUUCAUUCAGAGAGGGAACUCUGGCAGAAACAAGAAGCUGAACUCAAGGCUGGACUGGCCUCUCUUGAGCGAGAUCUCCAGGAGACCAAUGAUAAGGCGGGCCUUAUAGCCUCCCUGGAAAACUGUCUGCAAGAGAGCCAAGAGAGAGAAAACUGUCUGAUGGAGGAGGGCUCCAAACGAGAUGCACAGUACAAGGAGCUCCUCAGAAGCCUUGAAAGUGAGAAGGACAACCUGGAGGAGCGACUGAUGAACCAGUUGGCCCAACUUAACGGUAGCAUUGCAGGCUACCAGCAGGAGGCGGCCGACAACCGGGAGCUACUUGCUCAACUUAAGCAGGAGGUGGAUCGCUUGGAGAGGGAGCGGGGCGACCUUGAAGCCGAGGCCCGAGCCCAGACGGACCGAGCGGCCCAACUGGAGGAGGACAUGAGGCAAGCCCAGAGGCAGAGAGCUGAGGCUGAAGCAGGAACAGGGAAGCAGAGAGAGCUGGAACAACAGCUUAGGUCUGCACAAAGGGUCAAAGAAGGCAGCCAGAGCAGAGCACGUCAGCUGGAGGAACUCUUGAGGGAGAAGCAGAUGGAGGUCCGCCAGCUCCAGAGGGACUCCAUCCAGUACCAAGAAAGGAUCAGCGAGUUGGGAAAGGAGGCCAAGGCACUGCAGCUGGGCCAUAGUGAGCUCAACAAAAACCUACAGCGGUCCCAAGAUGAGACUUCCAAAACCAAGGAUGACCUCAGACGUUUCGAGGCAGAGUUGGUGAGCUGUAAAUCAGACUUAGGUGAGGCCAAGAAACAGUUAAACCAGGUCAUGGCUGAGAAAACAACUUUGGAACAGAGUGUCCAACAGAAAGAAGCUCUGUUGAAAGCCGAGGCAGAGCAGACCCUGGACUCUGUGAGAUUCAGGCUUGGUGCAGAGCUGAAGGAGAUGGAGCUCAGACUGGAAGAGGCGUACAACGACAGAGAGAAGGAAGAAGAAGCCACGUUGGAGGCCAGGGAGACAGCAGAGGCGGCUGAGAGGCGAGCACAGGAGAUGCAGGCCCAUCGGGACGAGUCCCUCGCAAGGCUGGCCGCCUUCUCGCGCUGCAUGUCGUCACUGCAGGACGACCGGGACAGGGUUCUGGAUGAGGCCCGGCAGUGGGAGACUCGCUUUAAUGAUGCGCUGCAUGGCAAGGAGGCUGAGGUUCGGGAGGCUGAAAGCAGGGCCAAGGAGCUGCUGGAGAACCUCCAGAAAGAAUCUUCUCUAAAACAGGAACUCCAGCUCUCGGUUGACAGAUUACAGGAAGCAGACAAGGAGUUGCAGCUGAAACUGGAAGAAGCAGAAAAGAACUUAAACGAGAGCCGAGCAGAAGCGGAAAGGCAGCGAGCCGGGCUACUCCAAACGACGGCUGAGUUGCAGGCUGUGCAGAGCGAAGCCCGGCUGCUGAAGAACGAGGUGGACAGCCACAACUUGAGGGCCCGUGCUCUGGAGGAGGCCGUGGCUCAGCUGCAGGAGGAAGUCGGCCGAGCCAGGGCGGAGCUGAGGGAGCGGGAGACGGAUGAGAGACGUCUGUGUUUCACCUUGGAGCAACUGGAGGCUGACCUCCAUGCCUCCAAGGCCUUGACGGAGAGUCUGCAAGCUGAGUUACAUGAGAAGGAGAAGAGGGAAGUGGAGAUGCUGGAUGAGAAGGAGCAAGCUGUUGUACAGGCUGCAGAGGAGGCACGUAAGGAGGCAGACGGCAGGGCACGGGAGGCCGAGGAGGAGCUGGAGCAGAGACGAGGAGAACUGCGAGAUGCGGAGGAAGAAUUGCGAAGGGCCAAGGAGGAGAGCAACACCUGUAGUGCCAAACUGGGCUCCUUCACAAAGGCCAUGGGCUCCUUGCAGGAUGACCGAGACCGAGUCCUCAGCAUGUACAAGCAGCUGGAGGAGAAACACCUGCAGGUCAUGAUGGACAAGGAUGAUGUGAUCCAGGAGGCGGCAAGGGAGAGCAACAGCCUCAAGGAGGAGCUGCGCUCUCUGCUGGUCCAGAGAGAUGACCUUUACGCAGAAAAGGGCAAACUUUCUGCUCAGCUCCAUGGCUAUCGAGAUGAACUCCAGCAAGUUCUCAGCUUAAAGGACUCUCAGCACAAGCAGCUCCUAGCAGCACAGCGAGAGCGCAUUGCAUCCCUAGAAAAGGAGCGUGACGGCUUGGAGAGCACGUUGAGGACCACUGCUGAGGUAGAGGCUGUCAAAACGGAGCAGGAGACCCCGUUACAAGCGGUCGAUGCUCCAGGAGCUGAAGUUGAGAAGCUAAGGGAGCAGUUGGAGGCCACCAGAGUGCAAGCACAAGCUCUGGAGGAGAAGCUUCUAGAGGAGCGGCAGGAGCGAGAGAUAAAGACCAAAGAACUCUCCGAUCUGCGCUGGGAGGGAGGUGUGAUGCGCACCGAGUCCGAGAGCGCUCAGGAGAGGGUGGCAGAGCUGGCCCGUGACCUGCUGGCCGUCGAGCAGAAGCUCCUACAGGAAAAGGAGGCCGCGGACCAGCUAAGGGCAGAGAACCAGUCGUUUGGUAAGGCCAUGGCAUCGCUUCAGGACAGCAGGGACCAGGCGGAAAACAAAGCCCAAGAGCUCAGGAUCAAGUUGGAGGAGGUGAGAAAAGCUGGAAGCCCUGGAAGCGCCGCUGGAGAAGUGUGGAGCCUGAAGAACGCACUGCAAGCUCUGCAGAAUGACCGCGAGAGACUGCUGGAGCAGCUUCAAGCACAGACAUCAGAGCUGAAGACGCACAAGUCCGAGCUGGCUCGUCUGGGAGCAGGAGAGCUGAUCAAAGUCAGCCAGGAGCUGUUUGAGGAGAAGAACAAGAACCAAGCCAUGGUGGGUGCCAUCAGGCAGCUGGAGAACAUGGUGGAGGUGGACAAGCAGGAAAUAGAGAUGCUCAGACUGGAGCGUGUGGACUGGAUGGCUCAGGCAGAGCAACUUAAGCAGCAGACGCUCAGCGCGCUCUCAGAACGUGACCAGCAGCUGCGGCAGCUCGCCGCCAUGUUGGAGGAGGCCCGCGCACACACGCCCAAACUCCAGCAAGAACACUACCAGAGAGAGGCAUCACAGGAAGUAGACAGCGCUCCUGGAGCUCCUCAGGAGAAGAGUGACCGCCAGGAGGUGCACGCCUCCAGGUCCGACAUCUUAGAACUGCAGCAGAGGCUGGACGAGGAGACGCAGCAGAGGCUGGCUGCAGAGGAGCAGCUCAUGGAGGCACAGGAUCGACUUAGGCGGUACAAGGAGGAGAGGAGGAGCCAAGCGGAACGAGGGGAUCACUCCGAGACGGCCGUUUUCAUCGAGCCGCCAGAAGGAAGCGUCACCCGGACGCGUAGAGGUGGCACCGGCGUGCUCCGGGCACUGCGAGCGGGCGUGUGCUGGCGUCGCCGCACACCGCUGAUGCUGAGCGUCUACUUGCUGAGCGUGCACGUGCUGCUGCUGCUGUGCAUGGGUGGCUUCCUGUGAGGGAGAUGGAGGACGGGACCUUGCGAAACAUUGCACUUUACGGGACUUGCGCUUGCAUAACACACUUGCCAGUUUGUUAGGAAUAGGGCCAACUUGCUGCGGCUUGGGUGUACCUAAUAAACUGGCAAGUGAGUGUUGAUGUGUAGGGGGGGGCUGCUGUUUGUUUUCAAGGUUUUAACCUUUGACAUAAAGGGACAAGGUUUGUCCGUAAAAGAAUAUCCACAUAUUUAUGUAUGGAAUGGUGAGAGGUUUACUUCCUGUUGUGAUCACAUGCACAAAAACUCAGUAUGGUGCAAUUCAUUCCUUCAACAUUCCCCUCAUGUAAAUCACAUUAGGAUGAUAUUUAUGCAUAUAAACUUCUUCCUUACCACCUAUUCCACGUAAUAUCCAUCCCAUUAUGAACUACGGUACUGUAAAUUUAGUCUAAUUUAUUGCUAAUCUUUUUCUGCUUUAAAUGCACCAUAAACCACACUUUUAACUGUAUAUAACCAUUCUAAAGGGCUGCAAUGAAAAAACAUGAAAUGAAAGUGCAAGUGGUUUCUAGUCAAUAAUUGCUCCUAAAUGUUACUUCACUACAAAAAUAUCUCGGCGGGGUAAAAUAGCACAUUUAAAUCAAUGUCACCUUCAAGAGUUUUGAAUUAAAUAUUUUUAGUGUGAACUAAAGUGUGCUUUGACUAUUUUUUGUUUGUUUCACCUCAAGUGAAAGAUAGAAAAUAAUAUACAGUAGUCCCUCAUUUAUAGAGGUUAAUUGGCUCCAGGCCCAACGCGAUAAGUGGAAUAUUUUCGUUGUCCCAAUAGUCACUUGUAGCUCCUAUUCUAUGUUUACCUCACAUUGCCGCAGGCUACAGGAUCACUGCAGGGGCAUAACAGAGGGCUAGCGAGCUAACCAGUUAGCUUCUCCAAUUUACUUGUUCUAAAGUUAAGUGUUUCAAAAGGAAGAAGUACAAGGAAGCCAAAAAUAUUGCGUGAGCAUAGCAAGCUAGGGAGCUAACUAGUUAGCCUGUCCAAUUUACUUGUUCUAAACUUGAGCCAAGUGUUUCCAUCCAUUUUCCAUGCCGCUUCUCAUUUGGGUCGCGGGGGUAUGCUGGAGCCUAUCCCAGCUGACUUCGGGCGACAGGCAGGGUACACCCUACACUGGUCGCGAAGAAGUACAAGGAAGCCAAAAACAUUCCACUAGCAAAGCAAGCUAGCGAACUAACUAGUUAGCCUCUCCAAUUUACUUGUUCUAAAAUUAAUUGUUUCAAAAGGAAGAAGGGCAAGGAAGCCAAAAACAUAGUGUUUGCACACGAAAUGAGAGGUAAACCUUUUUUCACUCGAUCUCAGCCUUCGGCUGGGCUCUCCAGUGUGAAAGGUAAUUAACGUCAUGUCUCAUAACAUCAAUGAUGCCCAGUGACUUGUUUUUCAAUAUAUUUUUCAUGAAACACCGAUCAUUUAUGUAAAAGACAACGAGAUAUAGAGAGGACUCGUACAGCAUUCGAAUUGUGAUGUAGCGAGGUAUUCAAGAUUCAAGAUUCAAGAGAGUUUUAUUGUCAUGUGCAUGGUAAAACAGCAGUUAUACCAUGCAAUGAAAAUCUUAUUCUGUUCAUUCUCCCAAGAAAAGAAAGAAAACACAAGAAAGAAUAAGAACAGAAGAAACAUAAACACAUAAACAUAUAUACCAAUAAAUUAAGCAACAAAAACAGAAGAGACAUUAAUACACCCGCGACCCUAAUGAGGAUGAAGCGGUAUAGAAAAUGGAUGGAUGGAUGGACAUUAAUACAAAUAAAUAAUACAAAUAAAUAAAUAAAGUGCUAUGAGUGUGUGCUUGUGUUGCGUGUGGCGUGUGUGAGUGCUUCGUUGAGAAGCCUGAUGGCCUGUGGGUAAAAGCUGUUUGCCAGCCUUGUGGUCCUGGACUUCAAACUCCUGUAGCGUCUGCCUGACGGUAGGAGUGUGAAUAAUGAGUGUUGUGGAUGUGUGCUGUCCUUGAUGAGGUUGUGUGUUCUGCAUAGGACUCUAGU